GCCCUGUUGGCGUCUCUUUUCCGGCCCGAUGUUCUUUCCCUUCCGACUCUCUUUUCACAUCACCUGUGUCCGUUUUCGCUCCACGUGUGGGGUUUGAAUUCGUGCUCCCAGCUGCUUCAGCGUUCCUCGUCUUUCGGACGAAAAUGUCGUCGACUUUCGAGCAGAUGAAAGCGAACGUGGCCAAACUCUUGCGAGGAAUCGAUAGAUACAACCCAGAAAACUUGUCCACGUUGGAGCGUUAUGUGGAGACGCAAGCCCGAGAAAACGCAUACGACCUGGAGGCCAACCUGGCCAUUCUGAAGCUGUACCAGUUCAACCCAGCCUACUUUCAGACCAAUGUGACUUCCCAAAUCCUGCUCAAGGCACUUACCAACUUGCCCCACACGGAUUUCACGCUAUGCAAGUGCAUGAUCGACCAGACACACCAGCAAGAGGAGCGCCCCAUCAGGCAGAUCCUCUACCUGGGAAACCUGCUGGAAACUUGCCACUUCCAGAGCUUCUGGUCAAGUCUUGAGGAGAACCGGGAGCUCAUCGAUGGAAUUACUGGCUUUGAAGACUCGGUCCGCAAGUUCAUUUGCCAUGUGGUGGGCAUCACCUACCAGACGAUAGAGCGCCGCCUGUUGGCCGAAAUGUUGGGAGACCCAUUGGACACACAGGUCAAGGUGUGGAUGAACAAGUAUAACUGGACAGAGACGGAGGAUGGACAGAUCUUUGUCUUCAACCAAGAGGAGAGUGUCAAGCCCAAGAACAUCGUUGAGAAGAUCGACUUUGAGAGCGUGUCGAGCAUCAUGGCCACAUCCCAGUGACACACACAUACAUAGAGUAAACACGGUCAUUUACACACUUUUACACACAAUAAAAUAAAUUAUAAUUUCCA